AUGCACCCCUCUUCAACGCCGGACAGCCAAGCAUUAUAUCAUUCGCAAGGUCUACGCCGAUCGCAUCCGUCCUCAUCGUCGCUACAUCUCGGUCAUGAGGCAUUGUCUACGAGUGCUAAGAGUCCGUCUGUCAUUCAGCCUGCUGAGCACCAAGAGCAUGCGCUAUCAGCAGCGUCACCCACGCAUUCAUCUACGUCAAACUUCUCGUUCCAGCCAAGCCCUCCGACACUCUCACUAGAACCUCAAGCCAGCAACGACGACGAUGAUAUCAGCUUUCCGGAUUACGGCGGCGUACGUUUCAAUGAGCGACACGAAGGCUCUGAGGAGUCUCAUUCGAGCGAUGAGCCUGUGGGCUCCACAACCGACACAACAGCGUCUGACUCGCCACUACCCACUCCCACCGUAGCCGACGAUACUGCGAUAAAACAAGAACCGAAGCAGCACGUCGAUUAUCUGAGCCACAACUGGCGAGAAGAGGAUAUAUGGUCAAGCUGGCGGCACAUCGUAUCACAGCGAAGAGUGUACGGUCAAAGAUCCCGGUUAGAGAACGCUUCGUGGCGCACAUGGGCGAAGUCCAAGUACAAGCUUCGGACUGUGUCGCCGGAGACCCUGAACUGGCUGAAAGAGUCGGACGUCACGUGGCUUUAUGGGCCGCUGAAGCCUGCAACUUCACAUCCCAUCACCGCACAUCUAUCCGAGCCGAUGUCGCAGAUCUCGAAGAGCAACUCGUUCGUCCACAAGAAGCCCAUCUUGAAGAAGCGGAGCAUGUCUGAAGUGAUGCUGCAGAAGAGUCUAUCCGCUUCUUCGCUAGUGAAGCAGGCUGCAGCUGCCGUGCAAGCUCAGCAGGGUAAGCACUCCCGCAAAGCUUCCUUUCACCGCACUCAGUCGGACUUCUCGACCAGCACCGCACCUUCGGAAACACCGAGUCGAGAUCAGUUGGACUACUUCACUAGCCGGAGUAGUAGCUCUAACUGCACGCCAUGUGAGUGCCACGAGAAACGGCACAUCCGCUUCGAUGACAAAGUGGAGCAGUGCAUCGCGGUUGAGUGCAAAGAGGAUCUCGAGGACGACCUUGAAAGCGAGAUUGAAGAUGGCCCGCGUCCAGGCUCUCCCGAAUCUGGUAGUGACGAUGGUGUGAUCAUGAUGCGGCGCAAGGCAAAACCAGGCAACAGGAACAACAGCAAAACUAGCAGGAGUAGUUCGGUUAGUCGGAAGACGAUCGAGACACUACCCGCCACAACGUUGAAAUAUCGGACCGACAGCCCCGACGUGAGCGAGGCACAACAACAUCACGUUUUUGGGCGAGCUUGGGGCAGCAGUCGACUUUCACCGUCUCCAUCACAAGAGACGUUGCGUCCGAGCCAUCCAUCUGCAAACUUCCUGCUCCCAGAGGAAAAAGAGGCUGAGGCCGAGAACAGCUCGUCUUGGUCUUUCGGAGCCAGCAAUCCGAGAUCUUCACUGGGUGCUUCAGCUUCUACACCUGCACCAGAACCUAGUGAGAGCAACCUCAGGCGGACGGGUAGUGGCAUGCUAAUGCCGUACGAUGAUGAGGAAGAGGAAGUGAUGGCGGUUGGCCUGUUUGGCAGGGUUAGCGAGACCAUCAACACCGCCAGAGACAUUGCCCACGUCAUUUGGAAUGUUGGCUGGAGAAAAUGAAGGGAUCGAUCUUGUCGGGUGUCUAUCAGGCUUCGAUAAACGUCGAUCAAGAUCAUCGUUCGGGAACGCAGACUCUCGGUUGCGAAGCCCGACCAUAUAACAUUAGACGCUGCUGCGUUCAAACGAAAAUGAUCGGUGGGUGGACAACUGCCUGUGGAGGAUCAAAGGGGCUACACAAUAUCUCUUAGGCGAGCACAGAAGCCUUGGUAGGCACAAGCACGGCAUGGCUUGCAGCCUUCCUUAUCGUUAUCAUCGUUUGACUGCAUGGCGCUGGCGGAAUAGACAAGGGACUCUGUAUCCAUGGCUGGCGGCACUCGUGCGUCUAAUAGCCGCCAGGCUAUCUUCGGACUUGUACAUAGAAUCAUAGUAUUAAGCUAGUCAGCUCGCUCUCGUCCCAGCUGCCGCGGUCGAAUAACCUAUCACCGGG